CGAAGAGAUUCUUAUUCUUAACCUUCUAUUUUUGUUUAUUUUCAAAAAAUUGAAAAUGCAUCAUUUUAGUUUUUAAUUUAUUAUGAAAUUUGAAUUCUUCUGAAUUAAAAUGUCUACAGAUGCGUGGGAGGAAAUUCAAGCUAUCAAAAGUAAACGAAAUAGUUUGCGGGAACGUCUAGAAAAAAGAAAAAAAGAACGUCAAGAAUUAUUGGGUUCCAGUCUAGGCUCUACGUCACAUGGAAUAGUUGAUAGUUCGUCAAAAGGUUUUACUUCUCACACAAAUACCAGAGCAAAUACGACAGUCAAAGAAGAACAAAGAGUAGAUGAAAAACUAGAUUUAGUUAAAUUAGAUCCAGAAUUAGAACGAGAACUGUUGAGGCAACUUAGUGAAGUAACUCUUCAACUUCCCGUUUCUUCUUUAGAAUUAACAACUUCAAAAACUACUGAUCAAGAUAGUUUGCAUAGAAAAAUAUGCAACUUGUUGGAAAAAUUUGCUAUUCAAAAAUUAAUUUCCGUAAAUGCUACCUCAAAAGAUGGUACAAGUUUGUUGGAAGUGGUUCAUGUGGAAGUUUCCAAAGUAAAUGCCAUGAUUGUGGAUAGUUCUGAAGGAAAAAAAGAUAUAGGUAGAGAUGAUUUAAAGAGAAAAAGAGAAGAUUCUCCUGAAAAUAGUUCUGAAUUGGAAGAAGAAAGAAAGAAAAAGGAAAAGAAAGAACCAAAAUCGGAUAUUUUGAGUCUAUUGAAUAUGCCAUCGACGAAAGAAAAAGAAAGUAAAAAACUAGGAGAAGAAAUUUUAGACUUAUUAAGCAAACCAACUGCUAAGGAAAGAUCUUUAACAGAACGUUUUAAGUCUCAAGGGGGCAAGCAGCUCAUGGAAUUCUGUCCUCAUGGAACACGAAUGGAUUGUGAAAGAAAUGGAAUAUCAGAUUGUAAAAAGUUGCAUUUCAAAAAAAUUCUUCAGAAACAUACAGAUGAAUCACUUGGUGAUUGUUCUUUUUUGAAUACUUGCUUUCAUAUGGAUACUUGCAAAUAUGUUCAUUAUGAAGUUGAUAGAGCUGGUAAGUCAGAUGAUGCACCCAAUGUUCCUAGUGGACCAGUUGUAAGGGUGGAAAGUAGUACAACUUUAUUUCCUCCACAAUGGGUUCAAUGUGAUUUAAGAUUUUUAGAUAUGACUGUCUUAGGAAAAUUUGCUGUUAUUAUGGCUGAUCCUCCUUGGGAUAUUCAUAUGGAACUUCCCUAUGGUACCAUGUCAGAUGAUGAAAUGAGACAAUUAGGUAUCCCUCAGUUGCAAGAUGAUGGUCUGAUUUUUCUUUGGGUUACAGGCAGGGCAAUGGAACUUGGAAGAGAAUGUCUGCAACUUUGGGGAUAUGAAAGGGUUGAUGAGAUAAUCUGGGUAAAAACUAACCAAUUACAGCGGAUUAUUAGAACCGGCCGAACAGGGCACUGGUUGAAUCAUGGGAAGGAACACUGUCUUGUAGGAAUGAAGGGUAGUCCACAAAAUUUAAAUAGAGGGUUGGAUUCAGAUGUAAUAGUGGCUGAAGUUAGGGCUACAAGUCAUAAACCUGACGAGAUCUAUGGAAUGAUAGAAAGGCUUUCUCCUGGUACAAGAAAAAUUGAAUUAUUUGGAAGGCCACAUAAUAUCCAGCCAAAUUGGAUAACUUUGGGAAACCAAGUGGAUGGCAUUAGGAUACUUGAUCCAUUAUUAAUAGAGAAUUUUAGAAAGAGAUAUCCAACAGGAAAUUGUAUGGCACCUCCACCAGAAAAUACGCAUACUUAAUUUUUUUAUAUGGUUAAUAUAAUUCUGUUUACCUAAUAAUUAAUAACUGAAAAUAAAUAAGAAAAAUAUUUUUUUUUA